AUGAGCCAGAGCUCCCGCAACUCGCCCUCCCACAUGGACGACGCCGGCGUCGCGCGCUGGGACCGCCCGCGCUGGAUCUCCGUCUUUAGCUCCCACAAUCCAACCAUCCGCGAGGUAACCGAGUGUCUGGGCCUCGGCCUGUCCGCCAGCAGCAGCACCACCAACCGUGGCAUCCCCAAGUUCGACAACCCAGAGUACCGCAAGCUGUCCGGCGAGGUCACCCGCCUGUCCAAGGAGCUGCCCAAGGAGCGCGACGCACUGCUGGACUUUGCCGCCGACCCAAACAGCUUGCACCGCGAGCUCGAGGACCUGCUGGCCACCUUUGGCACCGCCAUCUGGGGCCGCAACACGGAUCGAACCUGCUUACUGACCCCGGACCCGGCCAAGAAGACGUACCCCAGACAUCUCUUCAUCGAGGACCCCGAAGACAAAGAAAUUCUCAAGGUACAUCUGCAUCGAUGGAUCAUCAUCAAGGCAUGCUAUUACAUCAGAAAUAUGAAGCUGAAGCGGCCUUCGAGUGCCAAUGACUACGACACCGUCGCCGACAUGGAGGUGGAUGGCGAACCUGUGAGCCCUAACAAGACGACCCAGCUGUCCCCAAAUGACACUCCGCACUCGCUCACACCGUCAACUGCAGAUGGCCCAACGACUGGCGGAGCCGAGUACGCUGUAAAGCCCGUCAACGGCAAGAAGCGUAAGAGCUCUGCCUAUGCAUCGCUUUCAGACGGGGACGAGAUGGACUCUACGCCUGCAGCAAAGCGGUACCAGAGCCAUACGAUGCCCAGUUCGCGGAGUAGUCCGCGAAAGUCUAUUAUUUCUUUUGUUGCUGAUGGGCCAGUCUCAGAGAAUUCCCAGAAUGUCCCACCUAUGCCAAGCCUCCCUCACAGCCACUCCAACGGUGCGCACUCAGCGACUAAUGGCGCCACACCAUCCGAUUCUACUAGACCACAGUUGACCACGUUGUCGAGUAAUGACCUAAACGGUACGGCGAGGACGCCCUCCGCCCCGCCAGCCAAUGGCUUCACGGCAGUCAACACCGGUAGUUUUACAGCCAUCAACCCCUCGCCCCCAGUCAGGGUGUCUCCAUCGCAGAAGCCAGUUGCCCCAGCGCCAACUACAAAUGGACGCAACUACUCCAGUCCUUACGAUUCCAGCCCAUUUCAUGGAGCGCCUGUGGCGCCAAAAGCAUCCACCCCACCAAAGGCUCCACCGCUCGUGACUGCUUCGGCGUCAGCUACUGGGUUCCAAGCGGUCAAUUCGCCAGUUGUCGCCAAUGGGGUCAGUGCUCGGAACUCGCCUACUGUACAACACGUGCAGCCACCUCAGCUUCCAUCCCAACAUACGAUUCAAGCGCAACCUCAACCAACAAGUAGAUCAAAUACCCCGAUCAUGCACCAUCACCAUCGUACGGGUCUGACUCAGCAACGAUCAAGUAGGUCUAGUACUCCGAUAGCGCCAUCAGUGACAUCUCAACCGAUGCUACAAGUUCAACCAGCUCCGGCUCCAUUAGCUCAAGCUCAUCACUCACCUCGCCCAAGCGGUGCUCCGCUGAUUCAGACUACUGCCGGACCGAUAGCUCAAGCUCAGCCGCCGUACACUCAACCUGCGCCUACUACCCGAGUGCAUCAUGUUGUCAAUGUCCCCCCAGUUUCAUCGGCCCCUGUCGCCUACAAUGCUCCCCAACCUGCGCCAAUAUUAAGGAGUCAUCCUCAAGAAGCUGCCCAACUCCCUCCUCAGGCGCAUGUUGAAAUGGAUCUCGGUCUUCUACAAUGCGAAGUCCUGGGCUCCCUGAUGCAGUAUCUGUUCCCUAGAGUAACCUCUCCACCAGACGAAAGUGUGCUUCUCCACAAGAUAGAAUCCCUAUGGCACCUCGGCACCGCGCACUACCGCAAAGAAACCGGCCAACUCUACGAUCUUCAUUCCAAAAUACUCUUGACUUGGAUAACUGAACGCCGUAAGAUACAGCAAUUGCGCCACACCUUCGCGUACUCCCCGGCUGUGCCAGCUACCGAGAUGGUAGAACGACUGCUAGCGUUGAACGACCUGAGAAUGAUGCGACUCAAGUGGAAGAGCAUGAGCAACGCUGUGGGACUAAGCACCGAGGACCUCCUAUGUCGCACAUUCACGAUCAUGACAAACACGGCGGGGACCGAGCACCUGUUCAAGGAUGGGCUGGACAGGCUGAAUGAGGGGAUCUUCGAAUUCCUUAGAACGGAAGACAUGCGCAUCCUCAUGCACAGCAAGCGAUAG